CUCUCUCUCUCUCUCUCUCUCUCUCUCUCUCUCUCUCUCUAAAACGUUUCCUUUCUCUCACUAAAAGCCUUUCUCUCUAGAGGUACAUCACUACUCUACAUAUGUUCCCUUUCUCUCUCUCUAAAACCCACUCUCUCUCUCUAUCUCUAACACCCUAGCACUCACCAUACCAUUUCUCAAGCACCUCCUCUUCUCCCUCCAUCCCCUCUCUCUCUCUCUCUAAAACGUCUCCUUUCUCUCACUAAAACUCUCUCUCUCUCUCUCUAGAGGUACAUCACUACUCUAUCUGUGUCCCCUUUCUCUCUCUUUAAAACCCCCUCUCUCUAAACUCUCUCUCUCUAAACGCAUCACCACUCACCACCUCAUUUCUCUCUCUCUCUCUCUAAACUCUCUCUCUAAACGCAUCACCACUCACCACCUCAUUUCUCUCUCUAAGACUCUCUCUCUCAUCUCCAAACCCUAGCAAGCAAUCGAUCAAAACCCCAGCAAAAUUAAGAAGAGGGGAGAUCGAACGGCGUACCGAUCGGAGCAAUCGAUGAGGCCGUACCUCGGUGAUCUCCUCCCCCCACCCUCGGCGGCGGCGGCGGCGGCGGCGCCCCUCGGGGCGGCGCCCCGGCCGCCUCCGCCGCUGGGCUCGUCGCCGGUGCCCUACCUCUUCGGCGGGAUCGCCGCCAUGCUCGGCGUCAUCGCCCUCGCCCUCCUCCUCCUCGCCUGCUCCUACUGGAAGCUCUCCGGCGACCUCGACUCCCCCUCCCCCGCCGCCGCCGCCGGGGACGACGACGGCGCCGACCACCGCGGCGCCGGCGCCGCCGCGAAGUCAGGGGUGGUGGUGAUCGUCAUGGCCGGGGAGGAGGAGCCCUCGUUCCUCGGCGUCCCCGUCGACGCGAAGCCGAGGGAGGCGGGUAUUUAUAAGGGGCCCGCUUCGGAGGGCACGGUCGGUGAUCAUAAGGAGGGCGGUGAGGUUACCUCACAGGGGCAGUGAGGUUACCGCACGGGACUCGAGGCGAGGGGGGUAAAGAGGGAACGUAAAAAAUGUGCGGAGGCCCCCCUCAACUAUACCGGUUUUUUAAAUGAGCCCCUUUUAACUUUUGUUUGCUUGAUUGAAACUUUGUCCGUUUAUAGUUUCUUUUUCAAAAUUAGGUGAUUUUAGCUAAAAAGAUAAUGAUUGAAAAUUCUAUGUAAUUUGUUGAUGAUUUUAUCAAAUUUAAUGACUUUAAUUA